AUGCUGCUCCCGCCGAUGCGCUGCUUCUUGCUCGGGCGGGACUGGGGUGGGUCGCCGACGGUCCGCUACCAGGCUUUCCUCGGCCGCUUCCGGCUGGCGGUGCCGCAGCUGGCGCCGCUGCUGCCGUACCGGGACUACCUCGUACUGCUUCUCGCCAACCUCGACGCCAAGCGGAGCGGCGCCGUCUCGUCGCGCCAGUUCGCCGCUGCGUGCAAGGCGUUGCAUUCGCAGUUUGGCGCGGCGGCGGCGCUGUGCGCCAAGCCGGAGGAGGUGCUGGCCGCGAUGGGGAUGGCGGCGGGGCGGGGCUCGCGGGAGGGGAGCGUCGCCAUCCGGAGCGUGGCGGCGCAGCUGUGCGUGCUGGUGGCCGGCUGCCCGGGGGCGGGCAGCACCUCGCUGAGCGGCUUCCUCUCGCGGCUGUCGACGGACGAGAUUCUGCUCGCGGCGCAGCCGUCGCCGGAGACGCCGCGGGGCGGUUCGGCGGGCGAAGCGGGUGAUUCCUCCUCCGCGCCGAUGGAGGAGGAGGACGGGGGGGCGGAGGAGGCCGGCGACGGGCGAAGCAUCUCGCCGCCGCGCCGCUCCUCCUCCUCGACGAUGGUGUCGAGCCGUGAUGACCUAAUGAGUGAUGGUUGAGGGAACGGGAGGCGCUGGCUGACGGCACCAGGCGCUUGCUGGCCAACCGCCGUCUCGGCCGCCCCUGCGAGACAACUCUCAUUGUGUGUACGCGCGAGGUGUGCGAGAGUCUCGAGCGCGGAGAGUUGAGAGAGACAGAGAGACAGAGAGACAGAGAGAGAGAGAGAGAGAGAGAGAGAGAGAGAGAGAGAGAGAGAGAGAGAGAGCGUGCUAUAUCGGCUUUGAAAUUCGCAUCCCCAGCGCCGUUGUAUA